CGCCCUCUUGAGACAGACGACGGUAGCGCAGAGGGAGAUAAAGCGGCUGGCAGAUCAGUACACGAACCUACUAAAUCCGCCAAGCCCUAAAACUACAACAGGAGAACGUCAAACUGAAACAGAUUCCAAAGGUCUUGAACAAUGGAGUCACCUCGAUCACGACACCUCUUCUGUGUCAUCGCGUUCCUGAUUGGCUGGUUCUUGGGUUGCAUCUUUACGUCACAUUACACAAUCUUCUGGGACAACAAAUGUUCAGAGAGACCAACGCCAAGACGAGAAGAUUCGCCAUAUGAAGGCUUACCAUGGAUGAAACCACUCGCGCGACAUUCUGACGGACGUCCAGAGAAGAUCUUUCUGGACGUGGGCGGUAACGUCGCCUCGAGUGUGCAGAUGCUGCGGGAGACGUACCCCGGCGGGAAGGAGUUCUUCGUCCACUCCUUCGAGCUGGACCCCAGGAUGGCUCCCUACUUCUCUCCCUAUCCCGACCACGUGCUGCACUGUCCGAUUGCUGCCUCCAACAAGACCGGUCAAAUGACGGCAUACGCCGAGGCCGCCUGGUCACCAGACAUUGGACUGUACCACAGGAAGUACGUGAAAUGGGGAGGAGGCACGCUGUUCGUCCGUGACGACGUGAAAAAUGACAAAGAUGGCGGCCCGCAGAAGUUGACUCACCGCCACACAGUCGACACCUUGGACCUGUCCAGCUGGAUCCAGGACAACACCAGGCCGGAGGACUACGUGGUCCUGAAGAUGGACAUAGAAGGUGGAGAGUUCGAUGUCUUGGAGAAAAUGCUGGAAGAUGGCACCUUCAAGUGGAUUGAUAAGUAUUACGGCGAGUGGCAUCUCAAGUGGUCUGUGGCAGGUUGGAGCAUGGAACAGAAGAAAAAACUCAUCGCUGACUUGAGGAAAAGUAUCACCAUCCCGACUCUAAGUUGGGAGGGGGAAAGGCGUAACUACGCAGACUUUGAAGCCAUCCAAGUCCCGGUCCCAGCAGACGUGCCAGGUUCACCAGGAACGGUCAUCUCCGGGUGUCCGGGCGGAGUAAAACGUGUCACCGUUACGGUACAAGCCGGGAUGAACGGCAAGGCUGCCUGUAAGCUGGUGGAGACCAUCGCGGAGCACAGCAGUAACCUGCCGGCCACCCUGUUCCUGUACGGGGACUUUGUGGAGGCCUACCCCGACCUGGUGGCGCGCUGGGCCGGGAGGUUCACCAUAGGAAUACGAGAGAGCCAACCUUUUACUCACGGUCACUUCGCCAUGAUGGGGGCCAACUGGGUACGCAUGAGUCUGGUGAGCGCCAUCUUGCGGCAUCGCGAGGUAGGACUGCAGCCCGCCUACUACCUACCUGACGUCAUGACCGCCAGAGUCCGGGAUGUAGCGCGAGGGAGAGGACUGAGGAUCAUUCAGCCAACCGUCAGAUUUCCUCCGGUCAACAGGACCACUAACGAACGCCUGAUGACAGAGGAGAAUUACUACAAGUUCACAGACGUCAUGCGUGUGCCUCGCGCUCUGCGAAUGCUGCAUGACCAGCUGUCUCCGGCAGGUGGCGUCCUGACCCUGGACUCCGACUACCCCGACAGCUACCUGAUAGCUGGAUAUCUGCUGGAUUAUCUGUAUGAGAACUCCGGAUUCGAUAUUGUCAGCCUCUCAGACUGUAUUGAAGAAAAACUCAAAUGA